GAAAGAAUUUAUCUGCUCUCUGACGUCAAACCUUGAAACCAAACAGCUGUUCGCACUGACAUAUCAGUGACAGACUUUGGGAGCGCAACAAAUCGGACUUAAGCGCAAAAUGGGAAAAAUCUACCAGGUGGUCGUUCAUGGACUAAGGGGUCAGAAGAUGAUGUUGGACCUGUGCAACACUGAGGAGCAGUUUAAGAGCAUGACCGUGAAACAGCUCAAGGAAAAAUUGGCGCAGAAGCUUCCGGAGACCGCAGGAGAGGAGGCUCUGCGCCUGAUAUUCACAGAUAAAAUGUUGGAUGGAGACGACACCCUUCUGUCUGAAUAUGGAAUCCAGCACAUGUCCGUCCUCCACAUGGUGAUGAAAGUUCCUGGAGGCCUGAAAGCUUGACUAAGAUCAUCUCCAUCUGUCGUACCACUACUGCUGCUACUUUCUGUACUGCUUUAGAAAGCCUCUUGACACUGUUCACAUGUAUUGUAAAUGGUACUUAUUAUACUGUUUUACUGUUUAGUGACAAUGAUCGUUUUAUUGAUCAUCCUUUAUUCCAAAUACAACACCAGUCUGUGUUGUUCUAUGAAAUAAAACCUUUUUCCCAGUUA